AUGGACAAUCUUUACAUGAAAGGUGAACUUUUGCAAGUGCACACAAAAAACAGCGAAAUCAUUGAAGGCCGAUUUUAUAGUAUUACUAAUGAUAAAUCGAAAAUAUCACUUUAUGAAGUUAAAGAGGUAUCUGAGGGUGAACAGAAUGAUGGAGUUUGCCAUUACUAUGAUUCGGAAGUACGAAAUAUUGUAAAGUUGCAAGAAGAUAAUCAACAAGCUUAUUUAAAGAUACCACUAAAAGAAUGUGAAGAAAUUAUAAAAACUUCGAAAAAGUAUAUUUAUAUAAACCAAGUCGAUCAUGGUUUUCAUGAGGCUAUUAAUGAUUUGAAUCAAAACAAUUAUAUUGCUGUGAGUACUGAUGGUGCAAAUAUGGGACGGAAAUGUAAGAUGCCUUUUUUGGUUAUUUCCACACCACAACAAAUAUAUAUUUUUGACAUUCAAGUUCUGCAAUAUCAUGCAUUUGAAGCUGGUUUAAAGAAAAUUCUGGAGAGUGAAAAUCCUAAGAAGAUUGUCCAUGAUUGUAGAAAACUUUCUGAUUGCUUAUACCACAAACAUAAUGUUAAGCUGAACUCUGUGUUUGAUACUCAGGUUGGAGAUCUUAUCAUAUCAAAAAAUAAAACAGGACGUUUACCUAAUAAUGUUAAGACUUUUUCUGAAUGUCUUAACAGUCAUCUUGGUUUGAAACAAAACAAUAUUCAAGAGAAAUUGGAUAUAGUACAAUGCACAGAACGCCCUCUGUCAACUGGUAUUAAAGAAAUUCUUGCAAAGAAUAUAUGUUAUUUACAUCGUCUUUCUGAAAUGAUAAAUGAUCAAAUGAUGUUACCUUUCUUAAGAGGUGUUGAGUGCUUUGUAGAGAAUCUUCGCUCAUGUGACGAUUUCAAAGCUUGGGAGCUGUGUGGCAAGCAAUAUCAAUUACCAAAGGAUUUCAAGAAUUCUAUAGAGUAUUAACAUUCCACAAAAAUAAAAUGUAGUAUUAGG